CAGUACCCUCCCCUCCGUAUGCCCAUCUGCAGUUACUUAUACAGUACCUCCCCCCUCCCUCUCCCUCGUUUCUUGGCGGGGUUGGGCUUACUUUGUUCAUGCUGCACAGGCGGAGACGGGCUGCUGCAUCCUACCCUAGCUGCCUAGGUACUCUACUGCCCACCUACCAUCCACCGACACCGAGUAGUGCGGCAUGUCUGCAUUUUGCCCUCCACCUCGUUCGCGUUCUUUCUUGUCAUCAUGGCUUUGCUGUUUGCUGCUGCGCCUUCCUUGAGUUGCUAAUUGAUCCGCCCCUUGUGACUUGCUACGAGAAUUCCCAGGCAACAGCUUGUUUGAGGUGGUGCGCUUGCAUCAACACCGCCGCCAUGGACGAUUAUAUGUUCAAGGCGAACGUGGAUCGCUGCAAGAAUGUUUCGGAGGCGACGACAUACCUCGAGCUCUUCUCAUACUCAGAUCCAAGCUUCAAUACGGUCGAGGAACAUCCACUGACACCAGACGAAUUUGAGAACUAUCUCAAUCGAAGGGGCGUAUUCGCUCCCCCGAAGCUUCCAGAUGGAGUGGUGCAGUUGGCGGGAAUGCGAUUAAUUCUCCAACAGAAUGCUCAACAUCCCGAAACCUUCACACCUCACGUUAUCAGUCUAAAGCCUGAAGUAUACAAGUCGAUGGUAGUAACGCUGAAUCUUCCAUACCGAGCAAUUGAGAGCACAAGUGCCGUUGGGCCAUUCUUCUGGGCCGCCUGGGAUCAGGAUGAAGAAAAUCCCCACCUUCAGAUUGUGUACCGUAAAAGUGACGUCAGAAAGAAAGGCUAUACUCGUGGCUGGGAACUUAUACUCUCUCAUAAUGUCAAUAAUGGAAUCACGACUGGCUUCGCUAAAGGAACGCCGUCCUCCGACAUCGUCGAAUGUAUUAAGCAUUUGAAAGAAUGCGUUCUACAAAUUGGACAUCCUAUGCUACUUCCGAUCAUCAUUUUCUCCCACGAUGUAUCCUUCAAAUCCGACAUCAAGCAGCGAGACGCACGUGAUUGGCUUAGGCGACUAGAACAUGCUGUUAGUAUGCGGAGCGAGAUCGAAGAAAGAGAAGGAUAUGUGAAGGAAGGAGUUGUAGAUCUUGACGCCGUCAACAGAGAUCUGGUAGAGUGUCAUAGCCAAGUACUAUGGAAACGACCAAAGGCAUAUCUCGAGAUCUUGAGCGGGAUUGAGGUAGCGAUGGACAAAUUCUACACAGCCUUACCUGAACCGAGACAGCAAAAGACUAUGAAAGCAUUGCAGGCUAGCAUGCAUGCAAGAAUGGAAUUUUAUAGGGUGAAGCUGCAGGGAAUUGAUAGCUACGCCCAUACGACUUUGCAACGCCUGGAGAUCCAGAGAAGUGCCUUAUACAAUAUCAUUGCUCAAAAGGAGAGCAAAUUGAAUUUUAAGAUGGCCGGUGAACAGCGCAAGCUCGCCCAUUCAAGCAAGAGAGAUUCCGCAGCUAUGAAAGUAAUAUCUCUUCUAGGUGCUUGUUUUUUGGUUUGGGCUUCUCUCUCCACCUAUACGCCUUGUACUGAUUUUAACAGCCAGGCGCUUAUCUCGCUUCCGUCUUCUCCAUGACCUUCUUCAAUUUCCAGGCAGACUCUGAUCAGCCUCAAGUCUCGAAUCAAUUCUGGAUCUACUGGGUAGUAACUUUACCAAUUACAGCGAUCAUUGUAGGGACUUGGUAUAUAUGGGAGAGGAAGAGAGAGGCGAGAUAUGAUCGGGAAGAUGCAGACCUGGAGAAGGGAAGUGAAGAUAUGGAAAGGACGAUCAUGGCUAUGAUGCGGAAACGCACUAUGAGCAAAGCCAGCACUUGGGAUACUGGUAACAAGAAGCAGGAGUGAGAUACUUGGAUCGGCAGUUCUGUUUGAUUCCUUAUUACAACUCUGAAUGAUGACGAUUGACGGUUAUGACUUUACGACGUACCCCACACACAUGGGAUGCACAGAACGGAAACUAAACGGAUAUUAAUUAAGAUAAAUGCACAGAACUUCCAGUCCACUGUACUCUACUCGAGUAGAACAAUCAAUACGUGCGGCCGGGAAGCUGCCUGUUUUUGGCAGAACCGUAAUUCCGCCUGAUGGCUGGAUAUCUCGCACAUAGUUGACAUAAAAGUUAUAAAAUAUAAUAAGGACAUUCAAGCAGGGUUCAAA